AUGAAUAUUAUUGAAGAGAUGACAUGCAAGUCGGUUGAUCUUGACGGUUUCGGCUCUGCUGUCGACGAUGCAUGGUUCCAUCAACAUACCGCACCCAUAGACGGAGAGGAAGAGACUGGGGCUCAUCCCUAUCAAUCCGCGGCUCUCAGAUUAUAUCUUCAAGGCGGCCAGACAUCAUCUGAGACAGCUGUUGCCAUGACCAAGUCUCAUACCCCGGAGAAAAUGACCGACUUGCGAGACCGUGUACUGGGCAUCAUCGAAGAUGCGCUCUUCGAGCUACCCGAGACCCACACGCCUGCUCUUGUCAGCUUGUUGAAGGAUAUCAGCCAGCUACCAGAGGAAGAGGAUGGGGAAGCAGUGUGGAAAGGACUGAGAAGCUUCGGCAACUUUUGGUCAGAUAAAUGGAAGCAAAGCCACUGGCGCGAAGCCUUGGCAACACGAAGCCCAGCGACUAGGGCCAAGAGACGCGAGGCCCACACCCAUUUGGCCUUUGUUGAGGCAUCCUGUGCCAUGGCUGAUGUGGGUCCGAGUGCUGAAGAUGGCAUCUUGCCCUUAAGCUGGGGCUACGAGUGCAUUUCCGAAGCCCUCGAAUGCCAGCACGCAGUGUGGGACUUUGAGAUUCCUGCUGCAGCAAUAUGGAUCAAAAUAGCCGGUGAAAGACUCAUAGAAGGAGCGAGAAAGGGAGAAAGAUCGUGGGCGCUGGAGAGGGAGGGCAGGCUUUGGGCACCAGGACCUAUGAGUAUGGACCGGUGGAAUUUCUGGCUGAGAAGACUGAAGGAGAUUGAAGUGAUCGGCAGGGUGACCUCGACAGCGGCGAGAGAAGGUAUUACUCAGCUUCAAGAGCAAGUGGCCCAUAGUUGA